AGGAAUUCCCCUUACAGGCUUCCGAUAUCCAGCUGUGCUCCCUAGCCAAUAUGGGCUUCACCAGAACUACAUGUACCCGUCGUACCUGCAGAUGCCCACCGGCCUGGUGCCCAUGGCGCCCACUGCCCUGCCCCACACCCUGACGGCCGGCCAGCAGUACCUCGACUACGCCGCUGCCAACGCCACCUUCGCCACCAACGGGUACCCGACGGCGGCGGCGGCGGCGGCUUCUGCGGCCAGCCUCGACCAGUACGCGGCUGUUUCCGCUGCCUCUGCCAUGUCCCAGUAUGCUGCUGCAUCCUUACCAGGCUACUCAUGGGGCAUACCCCAGGCUGCCUCUGCUGCAGCUGCUGGAACCAUCCCCAUCUCCCCAUAUCAGGCAGCCCAGCCACAACUGCAGGAGGCUCGCAUGCAGUAAUCCUUCCUUGCUGCAUCACCACCACCGCGCUGGACUGGCAUCCUGAGCUGAACUGAGCCAAGAGCUAAAACUCCAGAGGCAUUAGAAAGUGGGGCAAAAAUUUAUCUCCCCUUCUUUUUUAUCUAGUGCUUCUAUGCAUCUCUUAGUCAUAUUGCAAGUGCUCUGGGUGCCACUCCAUUCCGAAGGUGUUGUUACCUCAGUUUUACAAGCUGUAAGUAUGUGGGUGCCUUCGUUGCUCCCCUGACCCAUCACCUGAGGUCUUCACCCACCUCGGCUCCUUUGCCUCCAAGAGGAACUGCCAGACUGUAAGACUGUAAGGUCUCGCCAUGGCUGAAGCCGCUCUGGUUGUGAACACUCGCUGAUCCAGCUGCCCAUGUCUUUUCAUGCAUGCCCACGCAUCUGCCCACUCCAGACAUCUGUGUGGGUUGGAUCAAGUAUAUUGGCGGCCAAGCAGCAGGUGUAGUGCCAUAUUUAAAGAAAAAACUUCAAAGAUUCUACACCUGUGUCUCUUGGCUCCUCCAAUGUGGACAUGAGCAAGAUCAUUUCAUGGUCUUCAGGGUCGCCUAUUUGUAGUUAAGUGUUCAUGGCUUUUAGUGGGAUCAUUCUGGGAUCUCAUUGACUGUAAACACAAUAUUCAUACAAGAAAAAAGAAAAGUCCAUAUCGAUACUACGGUACAAGAUAUAUAAGUAAACAGUAGCUCAAAAAAUAAAAAGCCACUGACUGAUAUGUAAAUGUUACAGUGCUUGAAAAUUUUCUAAGGAAUUGUACAAUAUAAAUUUUUGUACUACUGUACUUUGUUUUUUUUAUUAUGUUACUAGAGAGGAAAAGGGAGAAAGCCGUUACAGAUUAGGGGCCCCUUUUUUCGUUCUGUGAUGACUGGCCCUUAUGCCGUCAUAACUCAGUUCUCAGAUUAUGUCUUUUAUCAGGUCUCUAGUUGUGUUCUCUGUUUUCUUAAUUUAUAAACUUACUGUUUCAUUGAGAAAAAAAUUAAACAUUGUUUCCUAUUUCCUCCCAAUUUCAUUUGCACAAAGCUGGUAAGCAGACUUAUCAGUUUGUGUAUAUAUUUGUUUAAUGAGAUUCUAUUCCAUAUCUGAUAUAUUAUUUUCUCUUUCUAUUAAAGCUAGUGGUAGUCUUUUAAUUAAAAUUGUCCUUGUUAUAUUGUUUUCAUAUUAAGAAAUAUUUUGUUACUUAUAGUCAUUCAUACUUUGUACUCAUACAUCAGACUUGUAUUAGUCAUAUAAUGCCAUAUAUUAUUAAUUAUAGCCGUAAGCAUUAAGGUGUCUUGACAUGGUUAAUCAGAAGAUAAUAGGCCAUCAUGUGUAAAUCUUGAGGCAAAAAAAAUUGUCAGGCCUUUUUUUAUUGCUUUGAUAGUGUAUUUGUUCAAAGUCUACAGUCCAGUCAGAAAUAGCUGUAAGGAUGGUCGAGGAGCCAAGCUAUAGGAUGUCACAGAAGUGGCCGUUGGGAAUUCUAAGCAGAGUGUUACGAUGAAAGGGAACUGUUUAUCUUGUUUUUAUCUAUUACUAAUUUUGAUGUAAUGUCAGUAUGAAUUUUUUCCAGUCUAUGUUUUGAUUCCAUAUUAUCACCACAACUAUGACAAGAUGUGCAGAUGGCCCUGCACACCUAGCUUCCCCAUCAUCAUAUUCACACCCGGCUCGACAUUCUGUAACAUCUAGUCAGAAUCUCGCCAUCAACAUCACAUCUGUGCCAUAGAAUCGCUCAGCUAAAACCCCUCUGAUGGAGACACACAUGUAUUUUGCUUAAAGCUGUGAAUUAACCAUUUAUCUUCCAUACAUUGAUUAACUGUUGUCUAUCUUAGGAUAUUUACAUUGAUUUUAUAAGGAAGAGAGAAAUGACCACACAUUAAUGAUGUAGCAUUUGUGUGGUCUGCCAGAAAAUCUCUUUUCUAAUAUUGAUGUCUGCCCACCUUGUCUGUUUUGUUUACUUUAUCAUUAUUGUUUUAUCAGAUCAGAUCAAAUCUGGGAUUUAAAUUUUUUCUCUUUCCUUCUUUGGCUCAAAAGUGAGAUGGAAGAUAUUGCUGCGGAAAGCAUUUUGCUAACAAGUCCAUGGUGAAUCUAGAACACUUUCCUUCUAACUAUUAUGAGAUUAUAAGGAAAAACAGUUUUAUACUAGGAAACAGAUCCUAUUUAUUUCAAUGUCUGAGGUACAGAAUAUAGUGGAACAAGGUAUACCAUAUAAAAUACUAACUACCAUUACUCACGCUUUAAAGCAGACGGCAAGCAAAUGACUAAGUUUAUGCUGCCGUAAAGGGUUCAUCUAGUCAGGAAAAUAAAAUAUCAUCGGACAUGUAUACGCAUUGCGCUGUUUGUAUUGCCUAAUGAAGUGCCUUUUCAAUGAGACUUAACUGUGUUACUAAGAGGGUGAUCAAUAGCAUUUUUUGAAACACCAUUGUAUUGGACUAAAGGGUCGUUUUUCUGUCAUUGUUCUCUCUUUUGAUAACCAGAUGGUUAAGAUUAGUAUGUGCAUGACAGGGAUUUCUAACUCUAGGGUGUAUGUUAGGAGGGGAGGGAAGGUGGGGUAUUUACGAGCUGCUAUGAUAGAGCAAAUUGUUCAUAAAGGAUCGGAGAAUUUUGGUGAUUUUAGUAUUGCAGCUAUUUCUUCAUGCUGUCAUAGCUUGAUGGCAAGUGCCAGAUAUAAUCAUAGUAGUGAUGAUGGAAAUUUUUUUAAAAACUUUGAUUACUUCCUUUUAAGGAGCUGUAUCUAUGCACUGCAGCUCUGUGGAACUUCUUAUAUUUAUAGAAAAUUAAGUAUGUAAAAACACUUUUGGUUUCUUUGAAUUUAGACAUAGCUAUAAAUUGGCUCUUCAGGAAAGUUUCCUUUUUUUGUAUGAUUCCUUUUAGAAUUGAAAUUAUGUUCUAGCUUUCAAUAAUGGGGAAAAGAAACUUUGAUAUAUAUGUAUAUAUAUAUGAAUGAGUAUAUAUAUGAGUACAAAAUAAAACAAAACAUUAAAAAAAAUACUAUUAUUAAGUCAACAUGCCACCACAUGGGUGUUAUUUUAAAAGGGAGACGGGAAGGAACCUUCGAUAUUGUAGGCAUUGGGCAUGAAAGGAUUUCAUUUGUGAUAACGACACUUAAUGAGAAAAGUACUUAGAGCACCCUCCGCCUCCUUCUUCCUCUCCUUCUCCUUCUCCAUCUUCACCUUCUUCCUCUACUUUGCUACUAUAACUUGGCAUUAUUAUUAAUUUUUUGUGUUUGAGAAAGGAGAUGAGAUAACAGUGAAAUGACAAUAACUUGUUAUCAAAACGUGCCUUUACCUUCAACAAGGAUAUUUAUAAAAGAGAGAGAGUGAGGAAAGGAGGACGGACAAAAAGUGAAAUACAAGAAAGAGCCUAUUUCCAUGUGUCAUAUAAUCAUAUAUAAUUAUUAUUCACCAAAAUGUAUGAUUGUGCCUCAGAUUUACCUAUGUAAGGAAAACAAAACAAGCAACAGUGUAUUGCGUUGUUAUGAAAUGCUGUUAUCUGAGACAGGGAGAAUAAAUGUAUUAAUGUUCAUGUAUGCUAGUGGCAAUUGUAGCUCAUGUUACUUUAUUAGGCUGUAAGGUUUAAACGUGAAAUAUAUGAAAUGAAGCAAUUAUUAUGUAUUUAUUGUUACUAUUUACUGUUAUUUACUGUGAGACGAUCGAUUUGAAAGGCAUAUCAAAAAAAUUUAUUUUUAUUAUUAUUAUUUUUUUUAGUUAUGGGGAUUAAUUUAGAGACUGGCAUAGAAAACUUGACACUAACAUACUGUCAGCUACAAUACGAUGGAAUAAUCCCCAUUGAAAAUGAAGUUUGGCAAAGACUAUUUCCUUUUUUAUCUUAAUUUUGUUCAUUUUUUAUUGUGACUGGUAUAUUGUGUAUGAGGUGUACUCAACCUUCCAGUAUCCAAUAAAGUUAAAAUGAUCUUUAAUCCUUUUUAUAUAUAAUACUUUUGACUUGAGAUUUGCAAUUGAUCGUCUCAUACAUUUCAGGUAAUCCACAAGUUUCAGGAUUAAAUGGCCUUACCUUUUUAUAUGGUUAAGCAGUGUAUAUUAUUAUCUUUUGGGGAACUUUUUUUUUUAAAUAAAAGUUUGUGGAUCGCCUCUGAUGUCCGUGUAAAUAAAAAUAAUUGGUCUGGAUUAUCUGUGGCAGCAAAAAUGUUUGGAAAUGGAUGUGUAUAUAUUCUCAAUUUUUAAAGGACUUCAUUUUUAAUUUUCUAGAUUUUUUUUUUAAAGCUAUGCAUUCUAUAUGUGUAUUAUGGUUUCUAUUCCAUCUGUAUGUUGCAGAAUGGAAUUUAAAAAAAUAUAUUAUUGAAGUAAGUGAGAUGACAUAAGUCUCCAUUUUCACUCCCUUUGCUGCCAAUUUACAAUCCCAUCUGCUUGAAUGCUGAAUGGAAUAAGGAUACCAGACUCAAAACUUAAGAAAAAGAAGAAAAUAAUAAUUUAAAAAAUAUGAAAAUUGUUGUAUUUUUAGAGCUGCUGACAUGAUGGUGUCAGGUAAAUCAGCAGUAAUGAACAGCAAUUUUUUUUUAUUUUUUUUCAUUGCCAAACCCGUAUUUAAUGGUGAAGUAACACAAUGCCGUCUAUGGGUUAAAGGUUGUUUUUUAAGGUGGGCGAUUGGCGGAAAAAGUUUAUGAAGGUCCCAGGUAUUUUGGAGGGCUGCUAAGAAAAUUUUCUUGGUGUUGGGUUACAAUAGUGUUGUUUUGGCUGGCAGCUAUAAUGAUGAUACUGACUAUUUCUGAAAGGAAGAAAAAAUGGAAAGGGAGAUAAGUGAUCUGUUAUCUAAUGUGUAGAUUUUUCUUUCUUAAAUUUUGUGUUCCAAUAUGUUACAUAUUUUUAUUUGUAUGAGGAGCAGGGAUAUUGUUUUAUUAUUAAUGUUAUUUUGGGUGUCUGAACUUGAUGUACAAGUCUUUUACCUCAAUGUUUUUUAUUAAAUGAAAUAUCCCAACUUUUACAAAAAUUUAUUUAUAUGUAUGUGAUAUUAAAAGAUCCUUGGCUCCUUUGGAAUAUGAAAAGUAAAAACAAAGAAAAAAUGGAGGUGUGAAGCCCCCACAUUUUCUAAAUUUGUUACAUUUCUAUAAGAAAAGUUAGUUUUUAUUUCUAAACGAUGUAAGAUGUGUCAAAAUACUUUUGAAAUAUAUUGUGGAAUCACUUAAGAAUGUAAGGGAAUAAGUGAUAUAGACACUUACCCCAUAUAUUCUUGUAUUUUGUGAUGGGACCGAAUGGUUAAGCAAAAUUUUCCAUUUGCAUCUGCCCAGCACCAGAGAAAGGAAGAAAGGAAAAAUAGAAAAGUAUUUUGGUAGAAUUCUUUAUUAUUAUUAUUAUUAUUAUUUUAUUCACUCCAUUCGCCCACCUGUUAUCUUGUCAGCCAGAACCAGUCGCCAUUAUUUAUUUUUUAAUUUAUUAUAGGAAAUAAAUAUAGUUACAUUAUAAA